UUAAUCCGUGACGCAGCACAGUUAGAAGACAGUCCGCAAUCUGCGAGCCAACCGGCCCAAUGAGAACACUGGCGAGGCUAGAUUUGCGGCCUGAUGAUAAGAUGUCGUUUUUCCGUGUCUCUUCCAGGAUGAUGUGGUUGCCUGUUGUGAAUCGCAGUCUCUUUCCAGCAGCUAUCACUAAGGGAGGCGCGGCUGCUGCAGCUCACAAUGCGCGCACUGCUUCUACAGCAGCAGCCGCUGCUGCUAGCAACCUCCAGGAGGUGUUUGUGGAUGGGAAGCCUGUCAUGGUGGAGCCAGGAACCACUGUGUUGCAGGCGUGUGAGAAGGCAGGGAUGCAGAUUCCCCGCUUCUGCUACCAUGAGCGCUUGUCAGUUGCUGGAAACUGUCGGAUGUGUCUUGUGGAGAUAGAGAAAGUCCCCAAGCCUGUGGCAGCCUGUGCUAUGCCUGUCAUGAAAGGGUGGAACAUCUUAACCAACUCUGACAAAACAAGGAAGGCCAGAGAGGGUGUGAUGGAGUUCCUACUGGCUAACCACCCUCUGGAUUGUCCUAUUUGUGAUCAAGGAGGUGAAUGUGAUCUCCAGGACCAAUCCAUGCAGUUUGGCAGUGACCGAAGCCGCUUCACAGAGGGCAAAAGAGCAGUGGAAGAUAAAAACAUUGGUCCCCUUAUAAAAACCAUCAUGACUCGCUGCAUCCAGUGCACUCGCUGUGUACGCUUUGCCAGUGAGAUCGCAGGUGUGGAGGAUCUUGGCACCACUGGUAGAGGCAAUGACCUCCAGAUUGGGACUUACGUGGAGAAGAUGUUCAUGUCGGAGUUAUCUGGGAACAUUAUUGAUAUAUGUCCAGUGGGAGCCCUGACGUCUAAACCUUAUGCUUUCACUGCUCGCCCUUGGGAAAUCAGGAAGACUGAAUCCAUUGACAUUCUGGAUGCUGUGGGGAGUAACAUAGUGGUGAGCACCCGUGGCGGGGAAGUGAUGAGAAUUUUACCCCGACUUCAUGAGGAUAUAAAUGAGGAAUGGAUCUCUGAUAAAACCAGGUUUGCUUAUGACGGACUGAAGAGACAGAGGCUGACUCAGCCACUGGUGAAAAACGAGUCUGGGGACUUGGUUCCGACAUCGUGGGAAGACGUGCUGACCCGAGUGGCUGGAGUGUUGCAAAGCGUCAAAGGAAGCAACAUUGCGGCGGUUGUCGGAGGUUUGGUGGACGCUGAGUCUCUUGUUUCCCUGAAAGACUUACUGAACCGUUUGAAUAGCGAUAACCUCUGCACUGAGGAAAUGUUUCCCAUGGCUGGAUCUGGAUCUGAUCUGCGUUCAAACUAUCUUCUUAAUACUAGCAUUGCUGGCAUUGAAGGAGCUGAUGUGCUCCUGCUGGUGGGCACGCACCCUCGCUAUGAGGCUCCUCUCUUCAAUGCACGCAUCAGAAAAAGCUGGCUGCACAAUGACCUACAGGUAGCUCUAGUAGGCAAGAAAGUGGACCUAAGUUACACAUACGAUCAUCUUGGGGAGUCUGCCAAGAUCCUGAAAGACAUUGCUUCAGAAAGUCACCCGUUCUCUCAGGUUUUGGCUCAAGCGAAGCGCCCUGUUGUUGUAGUUGGCAGCAGCUGCCUGCAGAGAGAGGAGGGGGCAGCCAUAAUGGCUGCUGUGUCAACUAUUGCUCAGAAUGCUCGUGUCAGCAGUGGCCUGCAGGAAACCUGGAAGAUUCUCAAUGUGCUUCAUAGGGUUGCCGGUCAAGUGGCAGCACUUGAUCUUGGGUACAAGCCAGGUGUUGAGACAAUCCUGAAGAAUCCACCUAAAAUUUUGUUCUUACUCGGGGCUGAUGCUGGCUGUAUCACUCGCCAAGACCUUGCGAAGGACAGCCUGAUAAUUUAUCAAGGCCACCAUGGUGAUGUGGGUGCCCCAUUAGCUGAUAUCAUACUCCCUGGAGCUGCAUAUACAGAAAAAUCUGCCACUUAUGUGAACACUGAGGGCCGUGCCCAGCAGACCAAAGUUGCUGUGACUCCUCCCGGCAUGGCCAGGGAGGACUGGAGGAUCAUCAGAGCCAUAUCUGAGCUCGCUGGAGUGACUCUGCCUUAUGACAGUCUUGAUGAAGUACGUCACAGACUGGCCGAGGUUUCCCCUAAUCUGGUUCGAUACGAUAAAAUUGAGGAGGCCAACUAUUUUAAGCAGGCUAAUGAACUGUCCAAGGCAGUGAACCAGGCUGUCCUUGCUGAACCUUUAGUUCCUCCACAGCUAACUGUGAAGGACUUUUACAUGACAGAUCCCAUAAGCAGAGCCUCCCAGACCAUGGCAAAAUGUGUGAAAGCUGUCACAGAAGGAGCACAAGCCGUUGAGGAACCAGCCAUUUGCUAAAGCACAACAAAUAGCCGUCACAUGAUACGCACAACUUCUACAUUUGCACUUUCCUAGAUGCAUAUUUCUUUUUGCACAUCACAGUAGAUAUGUAUUUGGAUGUCCUUGUUUAAACUUUUGUGUGGAGAAUGUAUAUUAUUAUCCUGAGAUGCACUUUAAAGAACUACUAUUCUCGUUUUAAGUAAUGUGAACAAAAACAAUUAAAUCGUAAUCCUCAGCUGGUACAUUUUAUUUCCCUGUAAAGUAAUUAAUAUAAAUGUUAGAAUAUAUUUUCUAUAAGGUAAACAGGGUAUAUUAAGUGUUCAUUUUUGUAAGACUGUUCUAAAUGAACAACCUGAAUUUUGUAGCAAGUCGAAUAAAUGUUUUCAAACCUA